AUGGAAGCGACUUUAAGGUCGACGAUGCGUCAUUUACUGAGUAUCACACUAGUAACGAUCGCCUUCGACUGCGUGCGUCCGCAAGAUAGUAAAGAGCACCAGGGUCCACAGACAUGCGGCGGCCAUUUAAGGGGCCAUGUGGGAACGAUACAGACCCCCAAUUUCCCGAAUCCGUUUCCAGUGCCGAUCAAAUGUCGAUGGGUGAUCGAACACGAUAUUAUCAACGGCACAAUAUCGAUAUAUUUCACACAGCAGUACACCACCAGUGGUUUGACGUUUACGGAAUAUAUGUAUUACGAUGAGACAUACAAACUCGGGGAGAGGCGAGCUUUGACGGUGACUGAGGAGAACAUCACAAGAAUUAAAUGGCUACAAGUCCAAAGCCCCGUCCUCGUCGUGGAGUUGGUUUUAGAUAGGUUGGAGGGAACACAGUUGCGCGCGUUGGGACUGCUUUCUGUAUUCGGAUUCAAUGUGACGUAUGUCGUGCAGAAGCCCCAAGAACCGCCUGGUCCCGCCUCGUGUAGCGCCAUCGAGUGCCGGCUCCUGGGACAUUGUUACGCCAGACACGAUUAUAGGGAAUUUUUCUGUUCGUGUUUCGAGGGAUAUACCGGAGCCGAUUGUGGAGUCGGCCCAUUAUGUCCGAAAACAUCCAAUAUGUGCAAAAACGGAGGAACCUGCAGACAGAUGGGUCCAGCAGCAGUAAGUUGUAUCUGUGCACCCGGCUACACGGGCGACCUUUGCGAAUCUCAAAUUGCGGCACCAGAAUGUGGAAUUGAAGAAUGUUUCGAGGGUUGUAAGAAAACAAGCGAAUGUGACUGCAAUCCUAGAGAAACCGACUUUACAUCUGCACGUUUUGAAACAAGGCUUCAGAUUGUGGAUCAAGGAAGUAAUAACAUAUCUCAAGAAAUCGCUAAACAGAUAACUAAUUACUUGAAAGCCUCUAAUAUAACCUUGGAGGAUGAUAUUGAAAUUUUAAAUUUAAGCUCUGUAGACGCCAAUGGUGCGCGAACGGUGUGGUUACGAGUGUGGGCCGCUCGUCGAGAUGCCGGUGCCUUAAAAGCGGCGUUCGCCCGAUUAGUCGCGACCCGUGGACGCAGCGACCGUUUAAGAAUAUUGCCGGCAACGCUACAUGUCGACAUGCAACCAGCGCUUAGCUUACAUGCUUUAAUAGUCAAUCAACGUCCAGAAGUGUGGGAAGGAUCUGAAUUCAUUCUCAGUUGCAUGGCUUACGGAUCUCCUGAUAUAAACUUUACUUGGUACAAAGACGGAGUCAAAAUUAACUUCAAUGGAACCACAAGGGACAUAUGGACUCGCACAGUGGCGGAAGACGCUCUAGGGAGGCGUAUGUCAGUACUAGGCGUAUCCGAAGCAAGAACCCUGGACAGCGGAAGAUGGUCUUGCUCUGCCGAUGAUGCUGGCAGGCGACGAUGUAGAGCACUUCGUCUAACUGUACUACGCCCACCCGAUAUACGUCUAGUGCCAACAGCAUUAACAGUUAAUAAGGGCGAUAACGUAAGCAUCACAUGUUUGGCUGGGGCUGGGCGAAUGCAUGGAGCACUUGGCUUCAGUUGGGCAAGGGAGAGAACCCUGUUAAAAUUGGCUCCUGGCCGUGAGGUUUGGGAAGACCUUUAUCCGGCCGGUAGCGUUUUAAAAUUAUAUGACGUUCAAAAAUCGAGUGAAUUUCGUUGCCAAGUUUCAUCGAUUGCUGGUACAAAUGCUAAAGGUGUUACCAUGUGGGCGUUAGGGCCUAAAGACGAAGCAUGUGAAGCCGGGACCUCAUAUGGGCUCCGAUGGCCAAAGACUGCACCAGGAGCUCACGCGUCUGCGUCUUGUCCUCCUGGCCAUACAGGAGAAUCUACAAGAUUUUGCGAGCCAAAAACCACGCAACACGGUGUUAAAUGGAUGCUGCCUGAUUUUUCUAACUGCGUUGCGGAUUCUUUACGAGAUAUUUAUGAACAGUUUACGCGCGUGUCAUUUGGAUAUUCAUGGUCUACCGUAUCGGGUAUAGCACAUCAAUACGGAGCAAUACUGCGCUCGCUGCCAUCUCACCCCGGUGAAGGGGCAAUACCUCUCCGCCAUUCUCGAAACAUGGUUCAGUAUCUUCUGUCCGCAGCUGGGAACCCGGGUGACAGGGCUGAAAGUAUCGAGCAUUUAUUAAAAAUUUACGAUACCCUUUUGAGGCAUCCAGAUGCAUUUCUUGAUGAAGAGAAAAUAUAUGAGCUACAAAACGCUGUGAUGGAGACGGCGGGAAUGAAGGAACACGUAGACUUCUCAAAUCAAGAGUUUGUUGUGCAAACUAAACCGGUAAGGGAGGACAAUGCCGCUCACUUCAACUUCCCAUUUAGUCUUGGCACCCAAGAGUGGGUACUAACCUCCGCCGGAGCUGAGUUAGUGGGACGUAUGGGGAACGCUUCGGUGGUCGUGGUGCAAUAUCGUGAUUUGACUUCUCGCUUGCCUUCCUUAAGAAAAUCCAUCGAGCUGAACCGCUCAUUUUCUAGGAAUGGACGUGAGAUGGAAUACAUUCCGGCAUCGCAGCAAAUACAAGUGUCCGCUUACGGCAGUGGCGUCGAUUCAUCCUUGCAACACUCUGUUACGUUGCUCUUUACACACUCAAAGAAUUACAGCGCUGUUGCAUCGAAAAUUGCCUGCGGUAUGAGAACGUCAUCGGAGCCUCGUGUCUGGAAUAUUAAAGCGUGUGAUGUGCGCAUACCGGAAUCGACAUACGUCUCGUGCCGAUGUCGUGGUCUCGGCACAUUCGCUCUUUUUACGAUAGCGCGCUCCAAGCUCACCGAUGUUGAAAGGGAUUUACGUGGGGUAGUUAAAGUUACCGUCGGCUUGGGGGCAGCGAUGUGUCUCACUGCGGCAGCGUUGCAACUCUUAGCUUUGGUUCCCGGCAGAAAACAGCGGUUGCCGGUCCUCCUUAAAGCAGCUACCGCGGGAACGCACUCUGCUGCGAUGCUAACGCUUCUGGAAUGCGACACGAGACAGGACGAGGCUUGCCCGGGAGCGCUUGGCUGGAUUUGUGCCGCUUGCUGGUGCGCUGGGUGUGCGGCCCUAUGUGCCCAACCUCUGAUGCUACACGCGGAGCUGGCGGGAAGGGGCCAGCGUGCGCCCUCGGUCGGCUUAGUAGCAGGGGUGUGCACACUCGCGUGGUUGACGGCGCGUCUUUGGGGUGGAGCGCCCUUGCAAUUAGGGUCGGCAGCGCAAGUCGUGUGCGCAGCAGGCUGCGUUCUGCUGGCCGUGCUGUGUUUCGUUUUGGCGUUGUGUGUGUUGAUGCGGCUAAGGACGAUCACACAUAAAAUACCGGCGGAGAGAAGAACCUAUCUAAAGGAUCGGCGCCGCGUAAUUCGGCACACCCUAGCUUUGCUGUUCACCACAUCAGCUGCCCAGGCCACGGGUGUGGUUUACGUCCAGCCCGGCACACGUCACAUCGUGCACGUCGCCGCAUUUUCUGCGGCUGUGCUAGCUAAUGGCGUGGCCAUGCUGGUCUGUUACGUCAUACACGACGACGAGUGUCUGCAGUCCGCAAAAAGAGUGCUCUCGUUGCCAUCGCACCGAGGCUGGGACGAGUCACCCGCCGGUGACACUUCACUGAGCUUGUACAUUAAGCAAGGUGGUGAAGCGGAGAGCCGGGGUGGUGCGGGACUUUUAGAGUCGUCAUCAACGCCGAUAUCUCCCGUGGCGUCCUACUGGCGUGCUCCAGGCCUUGAAAGUCCAUCGGGAAUGCAUAGAACACAAUCACCCGACAGCCGGGCGGAUAUAGUACGUUGCGUGGAAUUCAAGGAUUCCGCGCUGACACCGCAUCGCUUCGAACCUCGCAAUAUUACCACAACGCACGCGGUAUGCGAUCUCAUACCGCAUUCGCCGCCACAGAAGGAUUACAUCGCACGCGUCUGCCUAGAACUGGGUGUUGCGAACACGCCGCCGCCGCGGGAAUCCCCUGUCCCGUUGCUCACAUGCUCCGUAGACUUCGAACCGUACUCGGAAACAAGAUUCGAACCGUAUUCGGAAACAAGAUUCGACACGUCCAAAGAAUCCUGCUCCAUUUGCGUUCAAUCCAACCCCGAUAUCUCGCGAAUACCGUCACCGCCAAUUAAAAGUUGCCUGAAGAAGACCAGUAAAAACGACGAGUUCACUUCCAGUGUAUCCCUGCCGUCCAUGGAGGUGGCCAUUGAAGAGCCGAAGGCGAAAUCAGACAUUGACCAAGUGAACAGACAGUGGAACGAGGCCUACGACUCCCCCGAGACAUGUAGGAUGCUAAGCAAAAUAUCAAACGAUCUAGACUUUUUAUUGAACAGGACACAGUUUUCAAGUAAAUGCUCUACAAAAGAUCACACAGAAAAAGAUCCGACU